CAUAGGGAUACUUCCGAUAGAUCUCGCUAUGGUCGGCUCGUGAGAAACCAUCGAAAAUCCGACUGGAAAUGAGGUGGAGAUCGUCGCGCCGCCGUUGUUCGGGUGUUGCAAGGUCAGGGAAGAUAAACAGUGGCUGAACGAUGGAUGGAGGGGAGAAUGGAAAGGAGGAAAAAGGAAAAAAAAAGAGAUUCACGUGAAGAAAGAUCUCACGUGCGGAUACGUUAUCCUGCUGAAGAGAUAUUCGCACGAGAAGAAAGAAUUCACGUACGAUACCUUAUCCUGCGGGAAGAGAAGGCCACGUCGUCUUGACGAAGGCCCUUCCCGCCUUAGUAUAUAUAAUAGAUGCCUUUAUCCGUUAUCGUAGCGAUUAGCGAACAUCCAUUGAGAUUGAGAGAGGCAGGGUGAGACUGUGAGACAGUGAGAGUAAACUUGACUGGAGAAGAAGGCUUUACUAAUGUGCUGAGCCACCGACUGCCACUGCCCCAAAGAUCUCAAAGUUCAAACUUGAAACUGACGAACAACAGAAACCUCAAUACUUCUGCUAAUGGCAUUAUUUGAAGAUAAUGACCUCAAAAUUGUGGCAAGAAGAAUAGCAUCAGUGGCUAAUCAUUUAGUCCCCGUUCACUCAACAUCAGAACGCCCACUUGUUCAUCUAUCCAAUGCUUCUAUGAAGGAUAGUUACCAUCAAAUACACGGUGAAGUCCCGACUCACGAAGCUGAAUGGAGAGUUUGCUGCAACGAAUCAGGGAAGGAGUUUACGGACAUUAUUUAUGAGAAAGCCGUUGGGGAAGCAAUCGCUAAGAUUACAAUCAACCGGCCAGAGAGGAGGAAUGCUUUCAGGCCACAGACUAUUAAAGAGCUUAUUUAUGCAUUUAAUGAUGCUCGAGAUGAUAGCUCUGUGGGAGUCAUCAUCUUUACAGGCAAGGGUACCAAGGCAUUUUGCAGUGGUGGAGAUCAAGCAUUGAGAGACAAGGAUGGAUAUGUUGACUUUGAAAGUUUUGGUCGACUUAAUGUUUUGGAUUUGCAGGUACAAAUUCGACGUCUUCCCAAACCAGUAAUAGCAAUGGUGGCAGGUUAUGCUGUUGGAGGUGGACAUGUAUUGCAUAUGGUUUGUGAUCUAACAAUUGCAGCUGAUAAUGCUAUUUUUGGUCAGACAGGCCCAAAGGUUGGAAGCUUUGAUGCCGGCUAUGGAUGUUCCAUAAUGUCUCGCUUGAUUGGACCUAAAAAAGCACGUGAGAUGUGGUAUCUAGCGAGAUUUUAUACUGCUUAUGAAGCAGAAAAAAUGGGACUAGUGAAUGUUGUUGUACCGAAAGAAAAAUUGGAGCAAGAAACAUUGAAAUGGUGCCGAGAGAUCUUAAGGAAUAGUCCUACUGCAAUCCGGGUUCUCAAAGCUUCUCUAAAUGCAGUUGAUGAUGGUCAUGCUGGCCUCCAGGAGCUUGGUGGAAAUGCUACACUCAUUUUUUAUGGCACUGAAGAGGCAAGUGAGGGAAGGACAGCAUAUAUGCAACGUAGACGCCCGGAUUUCUCAAAAUUUCCUCGGAAACCUUAGCAGAAAUUACUGCAAUGCCAUGCACAAUUCCCAUUCGCAUUCUUUUGUUUUUUUUUGGGUAUAAGAAGGGAGACAUUGCACUAGCAAAGACUAGGGUUAGUGCAGCCCUAACGAUCCUCAAUUGUUGUUCUUUCUAUAAAAUGCAAGAGUUUUCCUCGAUCAUUAUCCAUAUAACCUUCCUGUUCAACAUUUGCAAUGAAGUCUGCAAGUUGAUUUGCUUCUCUAAAGACAUGCUUGAUGUGGUUGCUUUCUGCUUUGCUCGACCAAAACUUGGGUGUGUUGAAUAAUCUGCUUCUCUAAAUACGUGUUUAAUAUGGAUUUUGUGAGGAUUUUGUUCAUUAUUAGAAGCUACAUGAACACUUUAAUUUCUGGCUGAACGUUUAAAUGUCA